CCGCUGUAUCUGCGUCACUUCCUCCCCACGUGAAACGCUCCCUGCUACAUGUGAGGAUCGCUUUAUCCGCACCGCAUUCCUCAACGCUUUGAGCCUUUCAGGUCCCAUAUUCUCGUCUUAUGGUUGUCGACAGCAGCAGGGCCAUGGAGUCUUCGGAGGACGAGGCGCUGCUCGGCGAGGAGUCGGAGGAGGAAUACUCUGAAUUGUCAGACGGCGAGCUACAAGAAGCUUUCUCCAAAGGUUUGUUGAAACCUGGCAUGAAUGUUCAGGUGGAUAAACGCAGAGCGUGUGUAAACAACGUGGAGGGUUUGAAACAGUGUCUUGCUGACUUGCGUAAAGAUCUUCCCUGGGUGGAGAGACUGGACUUGACCAAUCUGCCGGCGGAAGACAUCCUAGCCAAAGUGGAGGGGAAAGUCUCCAAUGGACAGGUCGACGCAGACGAUGAUUUCCAGAGGGAGAUGUUCUUUUACCGUCAAGCUCAAGGCGCCGUCCUGGAGGGGCUGCCCCUCCUCAGCGAACACAACAUACCCACCAAGAGACCAGAGGAUUACUUCGCAGAAAUGGCCAAGUCAGAUCAGCACAUGCAAAAGAUCAGGAAGAAGCUGAUAUCUAAGCAGCUGAUUCUCGAGAAGUCGGAAAAGGCCAAGAAACUGCGUGAGCAACGGAAGUUUGGCAAAAAGGUCCAAGUAGAAGUGAUCCAGAAGAGACAGAAGGAGAAGAAGGCCAUGAUGUCUGCUGUGAAGAAGUACCAGAAAGGUAUGACUGACAAGCUGGAUUUCUUGGAAGGAGACAAGAAGCCGGGUAAAGGUUCCUCCGAAGGCCCAAAGAAAGCAGUGACUAAGAAGGGCCCCAACGCUAAGAGGAAAUACAAGGACAAGAAGUUCGGCUUUGGAGGCAAAAAGAGUGGACAGAAGUGGAACACCAAGGAGAGUUUCAACGACGUCUCCGGUUUCCGCGCCAAAGUGGCUCAUGCCAAGGGCGGCAUGGGAGGGAAGAAAGGCAAAGGGGGAAAACAGAACAAACGUCCAGGGAAAUCCGUGCGCAGGAAGAUGAAGGGACGCUCAUAAAGAAUCGGAGUCGGAUGUUGCUUCCUGGCUAGACUUACCACGCCUACAUCUCAAGGAGACAUGUUGGGGGCUAUGGACUCCUCGUCUACACUUCUAAGAAAUGUAGAAAUGUCAAUUUGGAGGACAACAUAGACCCCCUUCAAGCUAAACAGAAAGAAAGCCGUUUGAAGGACUUGAUUAUAAAGAGAGAAGACCAGAAUGGACUACUUGCAGUUUCCCUGAGGAUGGUGGAGAGAAUGUCGUCAGUGCCACUGAUACGUUUUUGUCUGUGGGGGUUAUUAUUAUCAUCCCCAUUUCUGUAAUCACCCCUAAAGAUCUACAUCAACCUCCCUGUUGUUUAAUUGACAAUUAUUUUUAACUCGGCUCCUCGACCAAUUCUCUCCCACGCAACGUGACAUUUUAUGACAUUAAGCAGCUUUCUGUUUCAUUAUGAAUAUAUGAAAAGUGAGUGUGUUUUGUAUAGAGAAAACGUUUUUCGUGAGUGGUUUUCUUUUUUUUUUUUUGGAAAAAAUGGCAGAUAUGCGUUAUGUUUGUAUGAUAAACACAUCUAAAAGAUC